AUGAGCAGCCGUUACUUGGAAAGGUUUUCUCUGAAUUGUGGAAAGAUCAAAAUACAAUUGGUUUUAAGGCUGGCCAAAAUCGAGCAAGUCUUACUCAUCGAAAACAAAAAGAUUGACAUUGCGGAGCUGCGAGCCGGCUGCAGCUACGGUAAGUGGUUGGGAGGAUUUUUUGGGAAAACUUCCCAGAAAGAUUGGGAAAUCAAAUUGUCAUUUGAAUAAAUAAUUCGAGUAUCAAUGAGAAUUUUUCAUUUUUUUGGGCAAGUUCCUAGUCUAAAAAAAGUUUAUCAAUUACUUUUUUUAAAGUGCCAAGUUGGAUAUAGCUCUAAAGUUUAAAAACAACUGAAAGAAAUAAACAGAAAAAAAUUUGCUGAGUAGGAAAGCGAUGAAGUAUUUUUUUAUUCAAUAAGUUGAUUAAAUUAAUUUAAACAAAAAAAUUUCGCCGCUUUCCCUUUGUGCAAGAAACUUCUAUCCAACGUAUUUCAGGCGUUCCGGAACAGCUGCGACCGCUCGCCUGGAGGCUUCUUCUCAACUUUUUGCCUUUGGAAAGACAUAAAUGGGUUUCUCAUUCUAUGGUGAGACAGUUUCAGUUCCAAUCAAUUGGCGAUUUUUGCAGCAACAACGGAAAAACUAUGACUUGCUGGUUGAGCAAUUUGUCGUGGGAGAUAAAUCUGCGGCAGUUCAAAACGAUCAUGUGAGUUUUUCUGGAAUUUUUUUACCCUAAAUUUUUUAGCCGCUUUCCGACAGUCCGGCAAGCGAUUGGAAUGUGUACUUUCAGGUUUGAAUAUUUUUUGAUUUUUGCUCAUUCUUCUUACUGAAGGACAAUCGCAUUCUCGCACAAAUCGACAAAGAUGUUCGUAGACUGUACCCGGAGAUACAGUUUUUUCAGAUCUUCACCAAGUUCCCACACAGGUGAGUGGCCAGUUUGUUCGCAGAAAGAGAUUAUAUCAUUUGGAUACUCCUUUCUUCAUGAUAAAUACAACUAUCAGGUUGUUCUUAUAUCUUUCACUUGCUCAUUUUUGAAUAAUCAAUUUUGGAAAGUCUAAUACUUCUUUUCGAGUAACAAUAUAUUCAAGUUUUUCUAAAAGCCUCAUAUUCGCAAGAGCAAUCGCUUUUAAUUUUUUAAGUGAAGAGAGCUGGAAAUUCAGCAAAGCUACAGUAACCCAGUUUUGCGAAAUCCGCUGAAAUAUAAAAUUGAAAAGAUUUCACCACUGCUAUUCUUUUUCCAACAGGAGCAUCUGAAAAUAGUAGUAAUAAUGAUGUGUCUCUUUGCUUCAAAUCAGAAUGACAGUUCAAUUUUUUAAAAUUUGAAGCAGUCAAGUUUACGCCUAAGUGAUCUUGAGAGAAGUUUAUUAAAAGUGAAGUGCUCAACUGUCGUUUUUUUACUGUGAAAUGUUCCAUCUAAUUUUAACAAAAUCCCAAUUUAUUUUGGAUCAUUACAGUAAUUGUUUUUUUUAUCACAUGAGUUGAAAAGGAAGGUUGCUUUAUCAGUUCGUUGAUAAGAUAUUUUUAUAAACUGUACGAGUUUUUGCACUAUUAAACGUCAUGUUUGACUUUCUUGUUGAAAAGUGCAUCCCUUAUCACAUUUUUAGAAAUGAUUACAAGCUGGAGGCUCUAAUUUCAAAUAAAGUUUGGUCGGCUUACGGUAGACGGAAGUCUAAGUGCUUAUUACGAAGCUCCAAACAGACAAUUGAGAAAAGUAUUCAUAAACAAAAUUGGUUUCAUCUACUUUUGAGGGAAAAUUAGAAUAACUGUUUGAAAUUUUUUUGAAAACCUUAUGGAAGGUUUUUUUUUGGAAAGUUGAUGUACAGUACUGGCCAUAAAGAUAUUUCAAAGUGGUUAUUCGAGCAUAACUUCUCUGAAAGUGGCUCAAAUGAUUUGAAACUUUGAACAAAUUUUAAAUAACUACGCAGUAACUAAUUCCCAAAAGGAGAACUCAUUUGCUCAAGUAAAACCGGAUUUGAGAGCAAAAAACCGAAAAUCGUGAAAAUGAAGAUUUUUCUCUUGAGAUUCGAAAAAUCAUAUCUUCGAAGAAACUUCGAUUUGAAAUCAGAAACUUUUUUUCCCGGUAAAACAAGUCUUCGACUUUCCAAAAAACUUAAUCAGCCCCCUAUCAACCCGAUAGUAAGAGCGUAGUGACUUUUCUUUGGAAGGCCUUUUUCGUUUUGACGCCUUGUCAUUCAGAUGGACUAUACGAGGUCAUUUAUGUUUGAGAACACCAUGUUUCUUGUUAAAAACUUAAAAACACCCUCAAGAAUAGUUUCACACCGUUUUCUUCAGCUUUGUCACUAUAUCCUCUCUCCAGAACUCGCUUACUUCACUAGGUCUGAUUUUGAAACCUCUGAUUUGGAGCGGUUCUGCUCGUUUUCCAAAAUCAGAACAUUCUCAAUUUCUUAUUUCAGAUUCCAAAGCUUUUUCAGAAUCUUUAUGAAUAAAAAUAAAAAAAGACUCACUGUGUUUCGCUUACUUACUCAAAAGAUAUAGUGAGUUAUACUGAGUUUCUUAAAGUUCUCAAAACUUCAUUUCAACAAGUGUUGCUUAGAAGGCUCUAAAUCUUGUGAAAGAUGAUAAAAAAACCCCUUUUUUUAAUUUUUAAACGUUUAAGAUUAUUAGAUAAAUUUGUAACUCCUCUUUAUAGCUCUCAGGUCAAAAAUAGGCACUGUAAAACGUUUCUUCAAAAUUUAUGGGAAAAUAAGUUUUUGAUCUUGUGAAACUAAUGCUUCAGCAAAAAAAUUAGCAGUCUUCAGGAAGUGGGAGACUGCAAUUUGGCCAUUAUGUAUUUUCGAAUUCACGAUUGAAAAGCGAUUGAUCAGACAAAAACUGCUUUGAAUGCCCGUAAGUCCAGAAAAACUGUUUGAAUCCGAGAUUUCAAAAUCAGACCUAAUGAAGUAAGCGAGUUCUGGAGAGAGGAUAUAGUGACAAAGCUGAGGAAAAACGGUGUGAAACUAUUCUUGAGGGUGUUUUUUUAAGUUUUUUUAACAAGAAACAUGGUGUUCUCAAACAAAAAAAUGACCUCGUAUAGUCCAUCUGAAUGACGAGGCGUCAAAACGAAUAAGGCCUUCCAAAGAAAAAGUCACUACGCUCUUACUAUCGGGUUGAUAGGGGGCUGAUUAAGUUUUUUGGAAAGUCGAAGACUUGUUUUACCGGGAAAAAAAGUUUCUGAUUUCAAAUCGAAGUUUCUUCGAAGAUAUGAUUUUUCGAAUCUCAAGAGAAAAAUCUUCAUUUUCAGGAUUUUCGGUUUUUUGCUCUCAAAUCCGGUUUCACUCGAGCAAAUGAGUACUUCUUCUGGGAAAAAGUUACUGCGUAGUUAUUUAAAAUUUGUUCAAAGUUUCAAAUCAUUUGAGCCACUUUCAGACAAGUUAUGCUCGAAUAACCACCUUGAAAUACCUUUAUGGCCAGUACUGUAUUAGUUAUUCUCACGUUAACGCUGAAAUAUUGAUUGAAGAAUAAAUGUUUAAUUAUGAUGAACAAGUUUGUUUCAGAGAAGCUGUGAAGUUCCCUCUGUCUCGGAGAGUGGUUGGCUCUGAACUGGAGACUCAAGUGUACGGCACUGACAGAUUCGGAGCAUUAAGUGUGAGUCUGAUGCUCUGAUAAUCGAGUAUUCAAGAAGGUUCAGUGCGUUCAAAAGGCGAAAUCUCCCCUUCCAGAAGAACAAAGUGAAGAAAACACCAGCGAGCUUCAUUGGCAGGUGAUUUUGCUUACGAAAAGAAAACAAAAAAGACAGGACAAAAUGAGUGAUUUUCGUAGAAUCACAAGAUCUGAAGAAAAGGAUUACGAUAUACGUUGUACCUGAAAUUCCGCGGCUCAGAACGCAAAAAAGAGACUACAAUUCCCAUGACAUGCGAUCUCAUUUUUUGCUGUCCUUUCUUCAUUUUUCUGUUCUGUAGAGAUCGGGAACGAAGGAUACAAUUGUUAUGAUAAGAAAAAUCUCUAGUAUUUAUCAUCUGUUUUUGUCGAAAAGAGCGAGAUGAUCUUUAAGACGACGGAGAAAAUUCUAUCUUUUUUUGUACCUUGAUCUCUUGGAAUAAUUUAUUAAGGCAUACUGUAAGAUAGGAAAUUAGUUUUAAAAGUGCAUUGAUGCUUUAUGAAUUCAAAUAGUUUACCCAGAGUCCCUCGAUGUUCAAACUAACAUGGAUGCUAUAAAUUUGUGAGUAAGAACGCUUUUUUGCAAAUUAUCAUAUACCCACAUAGAAGCAUUGGCAAGUAUGUGAGGAUUUUUCAUAGUUUUAUCACACCUUAACCUCGGAUUUGUAACGCAAUCAUCUAUUUGAAAUGAUCAUUCCGAAACGGAUGAGUAGAUUUUAAUCUUCAAAAUUCAUUCGACGCUUCUGAUUACUUUUUUUUUUAAGUUUGAAGUUCAAGUUACUCAAGCUGCCUUAUGUUGUCAAGUUGAGAAUCAGUUUUUUUAUUUUCUAAAAAGGACAAAUCUAGGAAAAAAAACGUAAUUAAUGUAAAAAACGAAUUGAGGGUGGUUUAAUCUUUUGAACUUUUCCUAAAUAAAGGUCACUUACAACUUUUUAUGACCACUUUGCUCCCAAGCAAUUCCGAGCUAAAAGUUUCUUGUAGGUCAACGUUCUGAUGUUUUUAUUUAUAUUUCUCUUUUGUGUGGGAGUUUUGAGAAACAGUUUGAAGAGAAUCAGAGCUUCAAGUGUAAUGAACGGAGCAAGAUGUCUCAUGAGCUUCUAACAGAGAAAGUUCUGCGAGCACAAAAAAAUGACGUACACUAAAGUAUUUUUUAUUAAAUUUUGCAGGUUGUCGAACGAAUCCUUUUCAUAUUUGCCAAACUGAAUCCCGGUGUCCAGUACGUACAGGUAUAUUAUCAAAACAAAUGUCAUUAGUCAAUCUGUAAAAUUCUAGGGAAUGAACGAGCUGAUAGCUCCAAUCUAUUACGUUUUUGCAUCGGAUAGUGAUCUUGAAUGGGCGGCUCAUGCAGAGGCUGAUACUUUCUUCUGCUUCCAGGUUUGACCAAAAAAUGUGAUAUUUCAAUUGAUUAUGAGCUUGCAGCAACUAAUGAGCGAAGUAAAAGACAAUUUCAUCAAAACUCUCGAUAAUAGCAUUUGUGGGAUAGGUAAGUCAGAUUAUUAUCUUGAGAAUUUAUUAUCUUAUUCAGAGUCGAUGAUGUCAAGUUUUCAUGCAAUGUUGGCUUCUUUCGAUAAUCAACUCCAUCAACAUCUCACAGAGCGACUUUCAAUCAAACCCCAGGUAUUUGAAUCCAAACGUGAUGUAUUGGAGCCUGAGAGAGUAAAAUUCCAGUUCUACGCCUUCCGAUGGUUCACGUUGCUUCUCAGUCAAGAGUUCCCUUUGCCUGAUGUGAUCACUCUUUGGGACAGCCUUUUCUCGGAUUCUAACAGGUGCCGAGCUGCAGAUUUCUCUCUAUCACUAGGAAGGAAACCACUCAGAAUUGACAUCGUAGAUCGAGUUCAAACUUUUGUAGUAGAUGAACUUGAACUAAAACAAAAAAAAAGAACGGAAAAAUCAAUUUCAUAGCGCUAUAAAAUAAGGAGUAUUUUUUUUUCUUGCGGAGGCUUGAAAAUUGUUGACGUGAUUUGUGAUCUUUUUUUUGCUAUUUCCGUUCAAAGAAAGUCUGGAACAUAAAAUAUCUCUCAUGUUGUGCAUCUAAUUUUCACAAUAACUCUGGAAAAAUAAUAUAAUAAAAUCAAAGUGUUUUUGACUGAAGGGUAGAAAAAGAUCAACCUACAAACUCAUUUUUUGCUAUAAAUACAAUCUUUGUAUCACAUAAAACGAUAAGUGCAGACCAAAAAAAAAACCACGCUUGGAAAAUUGAAAAGUUCCCACCACCGUAUACUAUCGGCGAAAUCCGAUUCGAAGAGCUUAACAUCUUCCUCUGUUGCUGAAACAUUUCAGAGGUUUCAACAAACAAAAAAUAGAAAAGCUUCUCAGUGUUAUGUUUGGUCUUUAUUUGAGGAUGUAGCUUCUAGAUGUCAAGACUGAAUACUUAGCCGGCUUUGCGGGAAGUGCCGAGUGGGAAAGUUCAUAAAAACAUUGAAACAACUUGGACUCGAUGAAUCAAAAUUAUUGGAAAUGAUUCAGAUUCUCGUUGCUGUCGUUUGUUUGUCUGGCGAUGCUAGAACUGCAACGAGAUCACCUGCUUUGUGGAGAUUUUGCUGAAUGUGUGAGACUAUUGCAGGUUCGCAUAAUUAUAUUCUACAAGAGAAAUAGACAUUGUCAUUUUUAGAACUACCCAGCUUACGACGUAGCUGCCAUCGUUUGUUUGGCUCGAGAGAUAAUGGAAGGAAAAGCUGUGAAACCAUCGAAAGAAAUCUCAAAAACUGGAAAAAUUGGUCACCACGUCCGUCAGCUCUCCGAUACCAUUAGAAACUUUUCUUUGGCCAAAAAAUAACGCUCUUUAAGAGACUAAAACUUAUUUUUAAUGUACUUAUGCCAAAAAUAAUGAAUUACCUCAAACACUUUUUUGUUUCAUGUUUCUCAAAUGCUAAGAGUUCAUUUAUUCGAUUAUAUUGCCUUUUUCUACAUUGUUUAAUCAUUUUUAUAUAAUCAUUUUUUUCAGUAGUUAUAAAUUGGUGCCUUCACUUUGAUACCUGUAUAUUAGCGUGCGAAACUCCAACUUUGCCUAUGAUGGUGCUGGAACUCACGUGUACCUUUCUGUGCUACGAAAAAUUUACGCAUUUUAUGACUUUAUUUGCUCCAACAAAACAGUUUCCAGAUAUUUUUAAUCAAAUUGAGAAUUUGAAUUUUAUGUCUUUUUAAUAAAUUGUUUUUCUACCGUUUGAUUACUUCUGCAGUUGAGAAAAAAACAGAGCUAGACAUUCAAAAACUUAGAAGGAACAAAUUUAUAUCACACCCUAUUCAAAAACAUUUUAUGGAGACGUUAGAGGGAAACAAAUGAUUUUUUGAACUUUUUUAAAGAGAUUCUAGUUGAAAAAGAACACAACAAGUUUUUCUGAAGGUUUCUCAUUACUUUAAUCCUCUACAAUUACGUCAUGACGCCCCUUUCUCAAAAGGUCAUCGUUGCUGUAAAAAAUGAACAAAUUUGUUCAUAAUUAAACGCGUCAAAUCCUAUUGACAACUGUGUAUAAGGGAGCAUAGGGAAGUGACUUCAGGAAAUAAUCGUCUUAAUUCUGAUUCAUUCUAGCCAAACAAAUAAAUUCAUUUCAAAACACCAUGUCAAGAGGUAGAUCCUUUCCCAUAGUUAUUCAUCACUGUGUUUUGAAAAAACGACAGGCGGAGCCAUGCCCUUUUUUAUGUGCCGGUCGCUAGUAUAAAAUCGCUGCGAGAAGCAGGAGAAGCUACCGUAGGAUGCAACUGCUCCAGCUCUACCUGACUCUCGCCCUGCUAUCUCUGGUCCAAGCUACCGAGUAUGGUCCAAUGAGCGACAACUUUGUCGACUAUCUAUCACGGUAAGUAAAGUUAACGAUUGGAAUUUGUGAAAUAUUUUACUGGCCCGUAGUAAAUUCUGAUCAUCAAUUCAUGAGUUAUGAUACUUAAUGAAUAUCCAUCUAUCAAGCAAAUAUUUUUGUGAUACAAAACCAAACUUUAAGAUGAGGUCAUGCUUCUGACACCCUCUUAAAAUUUGAUUUAUCUCUGAUUUUUUUAAACUGUAGGCGGUUUUUUUUCGAGAAAUAAUGGAUCUCUCAGUUAUUUGCCACCCAGAAAGAAUUUUCUGAUAUAGUAUAACCUUCACUCCAACAGAUCAAAUCAAACUUUCAUAAAUUGAUGAGAUCGAAAAAAAAUGAAUUCAUAGCGAUAAUUUAAAAGCUACGACCCGUAUGCAUAAUAUAAAGUUUUGAAAGCGAUUCUUCAUCAAAAAUGAAAAUGCACUAUAUACUACAACUAUUAGGAAAAAUUGGAAGGAGUUUGGCCUUCCCGGUGGUUAUUCUCACAAAAAUGUGAUUCAGGAAUAAAACCAAACAAAUUGUAGACUCAGCCCUACAGCGUUGAAUUUCGGGUACUCAAGAAUAAGUCGGUUUUUUUUAGCUCGCCAGUGCAAAACGCAUAUGCCUUGAACCAGAUCAAACAGUACGGCUCGACUGGAUCUUUUGGCGGCAAAACUUUUCCUGGCGACGAGGUAAAAGAAAUAAGGGAUUUUUCCUAUCAAUUUGAAGAUAACAAAGCUUUUCAAUAGGAGUUCCUUUCAGUUAGUUAACAUAUUUUGAAAUUUUCCCAGAAGAAUUCAUCGUUUUUUUGAAAUCUCCUAUUUUCAGUUCAUAGCUGCCUAAAAUUAAAUGAAUCGGGAACAGAAUAAAAUAGCUCAAAAAUAUCUUUUUUUCUUUAAUCGACUUUCAACCUUACCUAUUUUUUCGAUUUUUCCGUUGAUUGUUUGAUGGAAGAUUUGUUCAAUUCCGAGAUGAUGAUCAUAUCUGCAAAAAGAAUAUUUCAAAUCUUCCGAGCUUUUCAUGAGGUCUCGCAAAAAUUUUUUUCUUGGAAAUAUGAUCAUGUUUGAAUGCAUUUGUAGUUUAUGCGCUUUGAGCCGAGCUGUUCUCGAACCACUGAAAUCUCUUCAGUACCAAAAUUAAAAUCUUUCAAAAAAACAUUUCUUAUAUUUACUUUUUUUAUUCAAUUAUACCAUCCAAGGAAACGUUCUGUGUAUUUCUAGGGGACAAUUACAUUUCUAAACCUAUCAAAUAGGUUUCUAGAAUUAUAGGUAUCUUGAUAAUAAAAUAUCACCUUUUUGAAAAUUUGUUUUAAAACUGGACAUGUGAUUUGAAGUGUGCACUACAAAGUUUGAAGUCGUAAGCCAUCAGAACACAAUGCAGACUAAAAUUGGAAACCAGGAACAAUUGAGUUCAUUUUAAAGAUUCCUUAGGCACUUCAGUCUCAAGCUGACCUGACAAGUCAUGAAAAACCAAUAAACUUGUUAAUCUACAAAGUCGAAAUGUUGAGAUUAGAAUGCAAAAAAAAAGUGGAAAGAGAUAAAUUUUUUAAAGAAGAUAAAGAUAAAAAUUAGGCUAAUCUCUCAAGGAAAACUACAGUUGAAUGCGUAAAAGCAAAAAAAAAACGAAUUAUUCAUAGCUAAUCUCAUUACUGUUGCGAACCGAGAGCGAGAAUAAUAUUAAGACAGGGAACUUUGAAAAAAAAGUAAAGUAAACCGAAAUUGUAGGAUGAAAGAUGAACCUGAUCAAAAAAUGAAGUAGUACAGAUGCAGCUCGAACUGAGAGAUUCAGUCAAACAUUUUUUUCAGUCCCUGUGUAGAACGAAUUUGAGAUGGAAAUCCAAAACUGACAGAAAAAUACUGUUAAGCAAAUAUCCAUUUUCAGCCUGAAAAGAUGCCUGUUCUCUUCAUUCACGGCAACUCGGACUCCGCUCUCAAAUUCGGCUCGGGUCUCUUUUCUUCCGGCUGGAACAACCAAAUACGCUACUUUACCGCGAGAGGCUACAAACUGUCCGAGCUCUACGGAAUCACCUACGGCGAUCGCAACAUUACGAACUCCUACUUGAGGUUUCGCAGUAGCACUUCAUUGUACUUAGCAAAUGUUCUCCAGACGGUUCAAUUGCGAAGAUCUCAUGGGCCAUCGGAAAUUUCUGGAAGCAAUUUUGGGCUACACCGGCUUCUCUAAAAUCAACAUCAUCGCGCAUUCGAUGGGCGUCAGCAUUGCUAGGAAAAUCAUCCGUGGAGGAAUGGUAAAUUCCAGGUUUUUAGUACUGAAGUGAAAUUAACAAAAUAUACAUACUUCCACAAAAUUUGAAAAAAUAAAAAAAAUAUGAAAACAGAAAUUUUUUAGUAUAAUGGUAUUUGCAUUCUACGUUAGAAAAUCGAAUUAUUUUUCAAGCUCCGCACCGACAAUGGAACUUGCGACCUCGGACCGAGUAUUUCCCAGAACGUCAAAACGCUUCUGGGAAUUUCCGGAGCCAACUAUGGAAUGUGUGCUUGCCAGAACGCGUCUCAGCUUCCAGCUUGUGGCAAAAAAGUAACAAAAAGGUCCAUAAAGCUAUAUACCUCAAAAAAUUAAGCUCGGUUUUUUUCCCGGAAGCUGCGAAGGACUGGACUGCUUGAGCGACAAGCCAUGUCAUCAUGUUUGUUCUGGGGAAAAAAAAAAUAUCACCAACGAUUUUUUAUAGCUGGCAUAUUCGCGAUUCCUCCAUGAUCUCAACAAAGGAUUGACCAAGGAAGCCGAAACAGUGGUCAGCUUCUGGAGUCAAAGUGAGUACGAUAAUGCUGGAAACUUGCAGCUAAUGAAUAUGUUUCCACCUCGUGCGGUCAGAAUUUCUUUUUGAAAAAUCAUUUUCAGGCGACGACAUCAUCGGAAAUGAAAGUAAGGCUUGGGGCAGAGUGACCAGCUUGAUCCCCCACAGCAACGACAAAAAGGUGAGCCGCAACACAAACGAAUUUUGCGAAAUAUUCUUUGAUUCUUUUCAAAAUAUUCAUUUUACAAAAUGAUAAACCUUUCAGGUCUUCGAAAAACUGAAGCACAUGGAAAUGAAAACCGAAACUGUCCCAGACCAAUACGCCGUCCUCAACGACGAGGUCGACUUUUUCGAGUGA